AUGGCGGCGGUAAAGGAUACCCUAGGGCCCAUUCUGAAUGCUUCCAAUUGGACAUUGACAGCAUUGGCGGGGAUAUUUCUUGGUCUACGAGUGUACUGCAAAUUAAGUCGUAAAAGGGGGUUGUGGUGGGACGAUCACAUCUUAAUAUUGGCUUGGGCAUGUCUUCUCGUCGCUGUCGGGUCCGAAACCAGCUCUAUCUCAUUAGGAUUUACCAGCCCGACAGGACCAAAAUCCCCCGAGGCUGCCCUUCGACUUCAAAUCCACGGAGGUUUAGAGAAUGUGUUUUUCGGAUUGGCCACGGCCAUGAGCAAGACCUCUUUCGGGAUUACACUAUUGAGAGUCACUGAAGGCCGUAUGAAAAUGCUUGUCCUGUUUCUCACCGUCACCAUGAACAUAGCCGCGUUUCUAUACAUUAUAUUCACCUUCUUUAAAUGCAAGCCGGAAGUAUACUCUUGGAUCAAAGGGCCUGGUUGCUGGAGCACCGAAAAAUAUAUUCAUUAUGCUAUAUUCGCCGGCAGCUACUCCGCUUUCGUGGAUUUCUCGUUUGCGACUAUCCCGUGGUUUGUGAUCAUGAAUCUUCGAAUGAAGAGGAAAGAAAAAUUCGGCGUUGCAAUUGCUAUGAGCUGCGGUGUAAUUGCUGGAAUAACCGCUAUUAUUCGAUGUUUCUAUCUGCCGCUCCUCACUAUCGGGUCAUUCUCGACUCAAGGGACAACACUGGUUGUAUGGUACGUAGCUGAAUCUUCGGCCACCAUCAUCGCCGCAUCAAUCCCUGUUUUACGGGCCUUGAUCAAAAAAGUCUCCUUGGAUCAUUACAACCGCAGCACGGGUAAUAAACCAGGCCCAAAUAAUCAUACGAAAGAUAUCCCGAGGGGUCUACAUACUAGCAAUGUCGUAACGGCAGUUGUCGGUUCUCAGAGGGACCCGCAUGAUCCUCACGGCGACACGAGUAGCGAUAGAAGUAUUCUCGAUGAAAGAGGGAUUUUACAAACACAAGAAGUCCGGCUGAGUUAUCAUAGCAGAAGCGAUAACAGCUGCGAACAAGAAUACGACAUGGAAUCUAUGGGAAGAGUGUCGCCUUGA